CCUCUGCAUGCCCACAGGUCUAAUCGUGACUGCCAGAUCGACCAGCAUCACCGGAACCAGUGCCAAUACUGCCGCCUCAAGAAGUGCUUCCGGGUGGGCAUGAGGAAGGAGGCGGUCCAGCGUGGCCGUGUAACCAUCCAGCUGCCAAAGCACUACCUAAUUCUAGGGACUGGUGGCACAGCUGCCUCUAAGACUUUACCCCCACCUUCAAGGGGCCCAUCUAGACAAUGUCACAUUCACUCAAGCCCCAGACCCCUCUGGGCCUUGCCUUCCUCCCCACGGCCCCUUCCCAGCCCCGCCUUUCCCUUGAACUUGAUUAGAACUUGUCUCCCUGACAGGGCCUCAGUUGGGGUCCCAUCCACCCUUGAGGUAUCAUUGCCUGCACCCUUGUGUUAUUGUCCUCGGAUGAGGCUACCUCCAUAUCUUUUGAGAGCCCACACUGCCUUAGAUACCCCCACUUGUGACCCAGUCCCUAUCUCUCACCUCCUGAAUGCUCCUCUCCCUCCAUAUCCACAUCCCCAAUGGUGCCCCCAGUCACCCCUGGGGCCCUGUGUCCUGCCAUAUCCUACUCCACCUGACCUUGCCCUUGUCCUUCCAGAUGCCUGUGGCCUUUCAGAUCCAGCGCACGUGGAGAGCCUACAGGAGAAGGCACAGGUGGCCCUCACUGAGUACGUGCGGGCCCAGUACCCGUCCCAACCCCAGCGCUUCGGGCGCCUGCUGCUGCGGCUCCCCGCCCUGCGUGCCGUCCCUGCCUCCCUCAUCUCCCAGCUGUUCUUCAUGCGCCUAGUGGGCAAGACGCCCAUUGAGACGCUGAUUCGAGACAUGCUGCUGUCUGGAAGUACCUUCAACUGGCCCUAUGGCUCAGGCCAGUGACUGGACAGGACCCGGGGCACGGUGGCCGGGUCUGCAGACCUCAAGGGAUGUGGCUGCUCGAGCCUCAGGGGGGAUUCCCCAGACAGAGGACUCCAGCCUCUCUCCUCAGACUCCUAUUUUUUAAAGACUGUGAAAUGUUUGUCUUUUCUGUUUUUUAAAUGAUCAUGAAACCAAAAAGUGACUGAUUGUCCAGGCUCUGGCCUUGUCCUCCACAGAACCUCCUGGCCAAGAUGGGGGAGGAACUGAGGUUCUAAUCCUGGGACAGUCUUGUCCCUCAGUGCCUCAGGCAUGAACUCGUGGGAUGGUGGGGUUGGUUCCCUACUGUGAUGGGCAGAGGCCUGGUGUCGACUGGAGGGGCAGCCGUAGCCAGGAAGGAGUUGCGUGCACCAAGUGGCUGCUUCUGGACACGUGAUCCACGUUGGACACUACAUAGUGAAUGAAUCAAGGCCAAUAAUAAAGGCAUUUCCUACCUGCAAACAAA